AUGUAUGAGUUCUGGCCUCUUGCAAGAGCAAGAGUGCUUAUUGGCGCCUUAGAACUGAAAGAGGAAAAGUUGAAGGCAAAGGAAGAAGCAGAGGAUCUAGCUCAAGAAAUGGCGGAGCUCAGAUACCGAAUGACAGGUUUGCUUGAAGAAGAGUGUAAGCGCCGUGCUUGCAUUGAACAAGCAUCUUUACAUAGAAUUGCUGAGUUAGAAAGCACAUAUAUUGAGGUUCAGAUUCGCAGUGUGUCUGUUACCAAUGGUGAGACCGUAGUCUCAAUUGGCAGAACUUUUGAGCUUGAAUAUUUCAGUCUUGGUGCUUCAAAAAACUGGUAUGUGGCCAUAUUGUACAAGAAGAUAUCGGUUACCACCAAUGUAUGGAUUGGCAACAGAAACACACCCCUCACUGGUUCAUCAGGUGUACUCAAGGUGCGCAGCCCUGGAAUUCUUGGCCUUGUCGACCAUAAGAACACUACAGUUUGGUCUUCCAACACAUCAAGUUCUGCACAUAAUCCAAUGGCACAGCUUUUGGAUUCCGGAAUCUUGUUGUGA